UUUCGUCCUACUGGAGACAUUUUUGCAGUACAGCCAUGUAUUAAAAAUGUAAAAACAAAUAGGGAAAUAUGUGAGCUCCAUAUAUUGUCAACGCGCAUUACGGUGCGGUAGGUGUUCACGACAGUGACGGGCGUGUUUGAGGCAGCAGUAUAAGAUUCUAUGAUGUGAGUUUAAAUCGCAAAAAAACAUUAAAUACACAAAAUCGGGAGGAGAGACCAAAUAGACAACACAUAAUACAAAAGGACAGAUCUAGUCUUUCAGCCCAUUCUCAACUGACGCUACUAUUAUAUUCCCAUCAUCCUACAAGUGAGGAAGUUUUGCUAUACAUAUGUAUACUAUGGUAAAAACAGAGUUUGUUGAAGAGGAGAUUAAUGAUCCAGAACCAUCCAGAAUGAAACAUGAAGAAAUUGAGGAACAAACAGACAUGACAUUCAUAAAAGAAGAAAGUGAGGAACUGGAUAAGGUGGAGGAGAAACAACAAAAUCAGGAACCUUUCAUAACUGAAGAACCGUGUUCAGAAACUGAGAAGAAAACUCAAAGAGCCGAAGCCAAAAACUCCUUCACGUGUCCUCAGUGCGGAAAGAGUUUCACGCGUAGAGACACCCUCAAGGAACAUUUACGAAUUCACACGGGAGAGAAACCUUUCAGCUGCCAUCACUGCGGGAAGGGUUUCACGCGUAAAGAGAGCCUGAAGUAUCACCUGCGGAUUCACAGCGGAGAGAAACCGUACACGUGCCACCAGUGCGGAAAGAGCUUCACGUUCAAAAACAACCUUAAGGUUCACAUAAGAAUCCACUCAAGGGAGAAGCUGUUCGUCUGCCCUCAGUGCGGAAAGGGUUUAACGUGUAAAAAAGGCCUUAAGGAUCACAUAAGAGUUCACACCGGAGAGAAGCCUUUCAAAUGCCAUCACUGCGGAAAGACGUUUAAAUGGGCGCACAGUCUCAAUAAUCAUCUGCACUCUCAUUCCGGGUUGAAGCCUUUUAAUUGCGUUCAUUGCGGCGAGGGUUUUACGUCUUCGUCCAUUCUGAAAAACCACCUGAAGGUUCACACAAAUGAGAGGCCGUACGUGUGCUCUUCGUGCGGGAAGAGUUUUAUAUGGCCGGGCAAUUUUAAAGAGCACCAGAAAAGACACAGCGGUGAGAAAGAUCACAUGUGCUUUGAGUGCGGCAAGACUUUCACCACAGCUAAACGACUGAAGGAGCACCGGAGGAUUCACACGGGAGAAAAACCGUACAAGUGCUCGCACUGCGACAAGAGCUUCGCUCAGUCUGGAUCGCUGAAAGUUCACGAGCGAGUUCAUACUGGAGAGAAGCCGUACCACUGUCCUUCAUGUGGAAGGAGUUUCUCGCAGUUAACCAAUCUUAUUACUCAUAUUAGAAAACAUUGUAAGAAAUCAUCGCAGUGAGAAGGUUGUUUUCAUGUGCAACACCUACAACUAACAGUCUCUUCUGCUCACCAUGGCUGCAUUUAUUUGAUAAAAAAAAUACAAUAAAAAUUGUGUAAUAUUAUUACAAUUCAAAAUUAAUGUCUUCUAUGUGAAUAUAUGUUAAAAUGUAAUUUAUUUCUGAUGCAAAUCUGAAUUUUCAGCAUCAUUACUCCAGUCUUCAGUAUCACAUGAUCCUUCAGAAAUCAUUCUAACAUGCUGAUUUGCUGCUUAAGAAACAUUCCUGAAUAUUAUCAAUGUUGAAAACUGUUGUGCUGUUUUUGAAAUUAGUAUUUUCAUACAGCUAGGAUACAUUCAGUUGAUCAAAAGUGACAAUAAAGACAUUUAUAAUGUUACAAAAAGUCUUAUUUCAAAUAAAUGUUGAAAGUUCUUUUGAACAUUAAUUCUAAGAAACAUUAUUGAAAUGAUUUCUGAAUGAACAAUGGAAACCCUUAAUAAAAGAGCUAGGUGAAAAAUGGGGAGGAACUUUUUAAAUACACCACCUUUAUUUAUUUAUCUAUUUUUUGGAACAGAUCGGUUAGUGAAUCCUGUCAAUUUUAAAUAUUGUGAUCCUAUCCAAAGCUGGUUUUCUGUGUUUAUUGGUUUAGACGGUUUUGUUAUAGUAGUUUAUUGUUAAUUAUUAUUUUUCUUUUCUGUAUUCUUCUUGUCAUGCUGUAAAAUGCUGUUAUGCUACAACAUUUCAUGUAAAAUUUCAUGUACAAAUCAAGAUACUUUGUAACAUCCCACUACAUGUCUUGCAAGACGAUGUUUGUUAAUAAAAAAUAAGUUAAAAAAAGAAAAAAGAAAUGACUUCUGAAGAGUCUUGUGACACUGAAGACUGGAGUAAUGAUGCUGAAAAUUCAGCUUCGCAUCACUUAAAUAAUUACAUUUUAAAAUAUAUUAGAAUAGAAAACAGUUAUUUUAAAUUUUAAUAAUAUUUUGCAAUAUUUCUGUUUCUAUGUACUGUAUUUUUUGAUCAAAUAAAUGCAUCCUUGGUGAGCAGAAGAGACUUUUUUUUUUUUUUUUUAAGUAAUUAUUCUAAACAUUUGAGUGGUAAUGUUGGAUGCGCCAAUGAACUUUCCUGACGAACCAGUUCUUACAGUGUAAAUAAGGUCUUGUUCAUCAUACCACAUUUUCUACAGUAAUUUGCAGGCUUGAAUAUAGUUUAUUAAUACAGUUAACUUAAGCUAUAUAUUAAGGUGCUAAUGUCUUGUGUAUAAUGUGACUGUACAUGAGAAAUAAAAAAGUAAA